AUGAAGGUCACCUCCGUUCUCGUCGCUGUUCUCGCUGCUGGCACUGUCCAGGCCGCCGCUCUUGCACGUGGUCCCGGCGAGACUCUUCCCAAGUGGUGUGGCCACAUCGGCCAGGGUUGCAAGCGAACCGCCGAUGCCUCCGUCGAUGUCAAGCGCUCCGCCGACGCCCUCGCCGAGGCCAUGGCCAGAAACUUGCCUAUGGUUCUUCAGAAGUGGUGUGGUCAUAUUGGCCAGGGCUGCUACAAGGCCAAGCGUGCCGCCGAUGCCGUCGAUGAGGUCAAGCGUACCAGCGAUGCUCUCGCCCAUGCCAUGGCUGCUCUCGAGGAAGAGGAUGAUGAGUAA